AUAAUAUAUGAGCAAGGAUAAUAAGGGUGAAAUCGACGUAGAUAAUAUCAUUGAAAGACUGUUGAGUGUGAGAGGAAGCAAACCAGGGAAAAAUGUAAACUUAACAGAGGCAGAAGUCAGGGGGCUGUGUAUAAAAGCGAGAGACAUUUUUAUUUCUCAACCAAUUUUAUUGGAACUUGAGGCUCCAUUAAAAAUAUGCGGUACGUUUAUGAUAGUAUGAGUUUGUAGGGGAUGUGCAUGGUUAAUAUUUCGAUUUGCUCAGAUUGUUUGAAUAUGGCGGAUACCCUCCUGAGAGUAAUUAUCUGUUCCUUGGUGAUUAUGUUGAUAGAGGUAAAUCAAAUGAUCUAUUUGAUAGGAAAAUAAUCCCUGGAAACGAUCUGCCUGCUUUUAGCAUACAAAAUAAAAUACCCUGAGAAUUUCUUUUUGUUGAGAGGCAAUCAUGAAUGUGCAUCCAUUAACAGAAUAUAUGGAUUCUACGAUGAAUGUAAAUAGAUCGAUUGUCCAAUAUAGGCAAGAGAAGAUAUACUAUAAAAUUAUGGAAGACCUUUACUGAUUGCUUUAAUUGUCUGCCAGUGGCUGCAUUAAUUGACGAAAAGAUUUUGUGCAUGCACGGGGGAUUGUCACCUGAAUUAUCCAACUUGGAACAAAUCAGAAGGAUUAUGAGACCAACUGAUGUUCCAGACACAGGGUUGCUCUGUGAUUUAUUAUGGUCUGAUCCUGAUAAGGAUGUGCAAGGAUGGGCUGACAAUGAACGAGGAGUUUCAUACGUAUUCAGCCAAGAGAUCGUUCAGGUCUUUCUGAAAAAGCAUGAAUUGGAUUUGAUAUGCAGAGCUCAUCAAGUAAAAAUGCAUUAUGUAUAUCACAUAUAGGUAGUCGAAGAUGGAUAUGAGUUUUUCAGUAAAAGACAGUUGGUCACACUGUUUUCAGCUCCCAAUUAUUGUGGUGAAUUCGAUAAUGCAGGUGAUUGAUAUUCGUAAUUAAAUUAGGAUCCAUGAUGACUGUCGAUGAAUCGCUCAUGUGUUCUUUUUAAAUUUUGAAGCCAGCAGAACAGGGACAAGGAGCAUCCCAAUAGAACAAAGCAGGAAGUGCUAAAUUUGUGAACUGAACCAUCAUCUAUUAUAAUAAUUAAAUUUAGUCAUUAG